UCACUCUCACCCAAACAGACAAACAAAAUCCAAAUCAUAAACACAUGACACCCAAUGUUCAAAUACCCCUCUGGGACUCCGCCGCCGCAGACGGAGGACCGGUCUCCCCGUUCUCUCCCAAUGCGCCCGACACCGCCUCCUUCUCCACCGAUCAUUUCCGGAUGUUCCACUUCAAGGUCCUCACCUGUCCACGUGGCAGGGCCCACGACUGGACCGAGUGUCCCUACGCCCACCCCGCCGAGAAGGCUCGCCGCCGGGACCCCCGCAAGUUCCUCUACUCCGCCACGGCGUGCCCUGAUUACCGGAAGGGGAACUGCAAGAGGGGUGACACGUGUCAGUUUGCGCAUGGCGUGUUCGAGUGCUGGCUCCACCCUUCUCGCUACAGAACCCACCUCUGUAAAGACGGGACUAACUGCCGCCGCAGAGUUUGCUUCUUCGCUCACACCAACGACCAGCUCCGCCUCGCACCCGAUUCGUCCUCUCUUUCCUCUCCCACUUCGGUUAUCACCUCUUCCUUCUUCGAUUCUCCACCCUCUUCUCCUUACGUCCACAACAUACAAGAGAUAGUUAGUUCAAUGCGGAAUGUUCAACUGGAGGAUGGACUUUUCUCGGGUUUGACCCGGUGCGUGUUCGGGUCAACAAGUGGCGGUAUUUUGAGUGGUAAUGGGUGUGAGGAAGAAGAGCCUGCUAUGGAGAGAGUGGAAUCUGGGAGAGAUAUUAGGGCGAGAAUAUACGCGAAGCUUAGCAGGGAGAAUUCCAUUGCAGGUUCUGCUCCUCACGUUGGAUGGGUCUCGGAACCGGUGAAUGGAUUCCGGGGCCUUUGAUUUCUCUCUCUACUGUUAACCUCGUAUGAUGCCAUGUCAAAUAAAAUAAAAUUUCAUGUA